AAAAAAAAAAAGACAAAUAAAAAAGAAAAAAGGGAUUUCUCGUCUUGUGGAAGCUGGUUCGAGCGAGGAGCCCUAGCUGUCUUGCAGUAGAGUAUCAUAAACACUCCAAAUUUCAAAUCUUGGCUGUCCGCUCAUUGCUUGCGCUGCAAAAGCGUGCACUGUUGUUGCUCUAACUUCCAUCAGAUAGUUGAACUCUUUAUUGAGCUACAAUCUGCCUUCAGGAUUGUGUUUCUGCGAUUUUGGGUAGAGACAUGAAUUUGAAGCGGUUAGUUAAUAGACAAACGUUCAGCUACGUAUCAAAAUUCAAUGGAAGAUUGAUUUCUCUAUACCCGAAUUAUGUUUCCAGAGAUUACUCUACCAUUACAGCCACUGUACCCCAUUCUAUAUAUUCACCAAGCAUUGAUGGCCAAAUACUUCUACAGAGCUCUGAAUUAAUGAGACAUGUUUCCCCCUUUAAGAGAUGUCUGCACUCUGCUGAACUGUCUAAGCUAACGGAAUUGAAUUUUAAGCCAAAAUUCAGCUCCAAUGAUUCUGUGGUGGAGGACGAAACCAUGAAUGAGUUCUUGUCGAGAUUUGUGUGGACAAUGCGUGGGAAGUUAUCUGAAGCGUACCCAGAGUCUGAUAAACAGACAAUUGAUGCUAUGCUUUUGAUUAUAGUUGGAAAAGUUGUUUCGGAGAUGGAAAAGAGCGGACAAGAGCAGAUGCUUGGUGCCAUGUUGUCCACUCCAUCACAAGAUUUCAGUGAGGAUCUAUGGAGAACAGUGUUUGAAGUGAGUAAUUCAGUGCUACAAGAUAUGGAAAAGGAAAGGAAGAAGGAAAAAAUGAAAGGGUUUUUACAGUCUGAGGAGGUGAAGGAAAUGUGCAGGUUUGCUGGUGAGAUUGGUAUCCGUGGAGAUAUGCUGAGAGAGCUCAGGUACAAAUGGGCUCGUGAGAAGAUGGAGGAGAGUGAGUUUUAUGCGAGUUUGGAGAAGUUCAGAGAAGAAGAAAGGGCGCAAGAAAAAGAGGAAGCAGAUGGCAAGAAUGCUGAGACCAUGAGUGAGAUGGCUGUCAGGGGAGAGGAGAGAGCAGAGGACAUAUCUCUUCCCAAAAGACAGGGAAAGAUAAAAUAUAAGAUUUAUGGACUUGAUCUUUCCGAUCCAAAGUGGGCCGAAGUUGCUGCUAAGAUCCAUGAGACAGGAAAGAUCAUUUGGCCUGAGGAACCUAAGCCUAUACAAGGAAAAAGCAAACUGGUAACUGAGAGAAUUCUUUCACUGAAAGAGGACGAUGACCCUUCUCCACUGCUUGCUGAAUGGGCAGAGCUUGUGGAACCUAGUAGGAUUGAUUGGAUAACUUUACUUGAUAAGUUGAAAGAACAGAAUACACAUCUAUACUUAAAGGUGGCUGAACUUCUGUUGAGUGAAAAGUCCUUCGAGCCAACUAUUCGGGACUACUUUGUGCUCAUUGAUGCUCAUGCUAAAGAGACCAGCUUGGAAGAUGCUGAGAGGAUUCUUAAGAAAAUGAAUGAAAAUGGUAUUCUACCUGAUAUGUUAACUGCCACAGCUUUAGUGCUCAUGUACAGUAAGGCAGGCAAUCUUGGCCGUGCUGAAGAAGCAUUUGAAAGCUUGAAGAGCCAUGGUUUCCAACCAGACAUGAAGAUUUACCAUUCAAUGAUCAUGGCAUAUGCAAAUGCUGGGCAACCAAAGAUGGGUGAGAAAUUAAUGAGAGAGAUGGAGGAAAGAGAUAUCAAACCCACAGAGGAGAUUUACAUGGCAUUGCUACGCUCCUUUUCUGAACAAGGUGAUGUUGAUAGGGCUGAACGCAUUACAACCACCAUGCAAUUUGCUGGAUUCCAGCGAACUUCGGAGGCUUGUGCAUUGCUUGUUAAAGCACACGGACAAUCUGGUGAUCCUGAUCAGGCAAGGAGUUACUUUGACUAUAUGAUAAGGAUUGGACAUAGGCCUGAUGACAGGUGCACUGCCAACCUGAUUGCAGCUUAUAAGAAAAAGAAUUUGUUGGACAAGGCCUUAGAUCUUUUGUUGGAGCUUGAGAAGGAUGGGUUUGAGCCAGGACCUGCUACUUGCUCUGCUCUUGUCGAUUGGUUCUGUAGAUUACAGUUGGUUGAUGAGGCUGAGCAGCUAUUGGGUAAGAUUGCUGAGCAGGGUGAAGCUCCUCCUUUAAAGAUUCAAGUAAGCCUUUACGAGAUGUAUGCAAAAGCUGGACUUGAGAAAAAGGCUCUUCAAGCCCUGGGGGUUCUGGAAGCUAAGAAGGACCAGUUGGAGUCGGAUGAUUUUGAGAGAGUUAUAAGUGUGCUUCUUGCUGGAGGUUCUAUGCAGGAUGCUCAAAGAUUUCAUGAGCUGAUGAAGGCCCAGGGCUUCACUUCAUCGGAUAAUCUAAAGGUAGCCUUAAUGGCACGUACCAAUUUCGGCCCCAAGAGUCCAACGACAAAAUAGUUUAGUGAUCAUGAUUCCCAAGCAUUUGGCAGCCAUAGGUAAUUAAGAAAAAUGGUUUCUUAGAUUACAAAUUUGAGCUACAGUUCUCAGGUGGGAUUUGUUACUGAUGAAGGGGGGAAGAGUUGACCACUUCAGUGCCUUGUCAUCCUAAACCUCACAAGUAAAGUUUGACAUGAUUUUUAUGCCAAUGUUUUUGUAAGGCAUGAACUAAAUUUACUCAUGAUACAGUCACCCUUUGCGAAAGUGCUAGUUUUAGCAUAGGUUUUUAUGAUUCUGUGUUGGAUGGCCAAAUUUCCUCCAUCUGCGGUUCACAUUUGCAUGCACAUCAAAAUCGUGGGCAGACGCAUCCUAAAGUUCAUUUUAUUAUUUGUUUUGUCUUA